UCGAGCUUGGAAUUUUGGAGAGAGCAUGUACGGGAAAAAAAGAAACGGAUAUGGUGUCUCUUGUCUGUCAUCUUCUCAUUCGAAGUUUUGAAGCUUAACAGGAUAUGGAAAAAGCGCGAACCUUUCUUCUCCAAUUGCAACAGUGACGCACUGAAUGCCACUCAGUUGAUGGAAUGAUAUGAAGAGUGAGGACUUUUUGGAUGAUGAAUAUAUCAGUUGAUGGAUAUAUUGUUGUUGAUAUGCCAAAAGUUUAGCUUGUAAAAUUCUUGUUUUUUUUAAUCAGCAUAUAGAUUGCGGAGUCUCGCUGAAUGUUGUCAUGCAAAAGCAGAACAUUCUGUAUUCCAAGGCCUCUUUCGGUUUUGGAAGGAACCCAGAUAGACAACUUGAUUGUAGAAUUCCUUGUGUAGCUCCAAGCAUGCUUCCUCGUAGAGGUAAUAAAAAGUCAUGUCUUAUGAAGGCAAAAUUCCCCUCUAUCACUAAAUAUGAAGGCUUGAAUUUUCCAAAAAACAAUGAUGCUUGGCGGCCUGGGAGAAUCAAAGCUGUGGUUGAUGAAAACCCAGGUGAAUUAUCCGAUGAAGAUGAUGAUCUCUGUCCUGUGGAUUGUGUUAGAGAAUUCAAGACUGAUGAGGAAUUCCUUAGAAUUCUUGAGAAGGCCAAAGAAACUGAUUCUUUAGUGGUGGUAGAUUUUUAUCGCACUUCUUGUGGAAGCUGCAAGUAUAUAGAGCAGGGGUUUGCAAAAUUGUGCAAGGGUUCUGGUGAUCAAGAGGCUGCAGUAACCUUCUUAAAGCAUAAUGUAAUUGAUGAGUACGAUGAACAAUCUGAGGUUGCUGAACGACUUAGAAUCAAGACUGUUCCCCUCUUCCACUUCUAUAAAAGGGGAGUGCUGGUAGAAUCUUUCCCUACCAGGGACAAAGAGAGGAUUCUUGGAGCAAUUCUGAAAUACACUUCACCAGCAGCUCAAGAUACUUAAGUUGAAUAUGGUUCUGUCCAACCUCAAACUUAUGUACAAAAGUAAUGUGAUACUUUAUGUGGAGACAGAUUUGAUUAAGUGACAUAUAGGACAUAUUCAUCUGCAAUAAUAUAUAGGGUGUGCUUCAUUUGGAACAUAAAUUUUUCUUUAAGCAUACAAGUCCAUCUUCGAA